AAUUCCCAUAUCGGAGCAUCUUUAACGUUUUUUUUUGCUUGAUUACAGGGACAGAAUCAGAGUGGAGGACACGGCCCUGGGGGCGGCAAGAAAGAUGACAAGGAUAAGAAGAAAAAAUACGAGCCCCCAAUUCCUACCAGAGUUGGCAAGAGGAAGAGAAAGACCAAAGGACCUGAUGCUGCAAGCAAGCUGCCUUUAGUGACUCCUCACACUCAGUGCCGACUGAAGCUGCUCAAACAGGAGCGCAUUAAAGAUUACCUGCUGAUGGAGGAGGAGUUCAUCAGGAACCAGGAGCAGAUGAAACCACUGGAGGAGAAACAGGAGGAGGAGAGGUCGAAGGUUGAUGACCUGAGGGGGACGCCGAUGUCUGUAGGAACUCUGGAAGAGAUUAUUGAUGAUAAUCACGCCAUCGUGUCCACUUCUGUGGGGUCAGAGCAUUACGUCAGUAUCCUGUCCUUCGUGGAUAAAGACCUGCUGGAGCCCGGCUGCUCCGUUCUGCUCAACCACAAGGUCCAUGCAGUCAUUGGAGUGCUAAUGGACGACACUGACCCUCUGGUAACAGUGAUGAAGGUGGAAAAAGCUCCUCAGGAGACAUAUGCUGAUAUCGGAGGACUGGACAGUCAGAUCCAGGAGAUUAAGGAGUCAGUGGAGCUUCCUCUCACUCACCCAGAGUAUUAUGAGGAGAUGGGGAUCAAACCUCCUAAAGGAGUCAUUCUGUACGGCCCACCAGGAACAGGUAAGACCCUCCUGGCUAAAGCAGUGGCCAAUCAGACGUCGGCAACGUUCCUGCGGGUUGUAGGUUCAGAGCUGAUCCAGAAGUACCUGGGCGAUGGACCCAAACUGGUGCGGGAGCUUUUUAGAGUGGCUGAAGAACACGCACCUUCCAUCGUCUUCAUCGAUGAGAUCGACGCCAUCGGAACAAAGAGGUAUGACUCGAACUCUGGAGGUGAGCGUGAGAUCCAGAGAACGAUGCUGGAGCUCCUGAACCAGCUGGACGGCUUUGAUUCGCGCGGAGAUGUGAAGGUCAUCAUGGCCACCAACAGAAUAGAGACGCUCGACCCUGCUCUAAUCAGACCAGGUCGAAUUGACCGUAAGAUAGAGUUCCCCCUGCCGGACGAGAAAACCAAACGAAGAAUCUUCCAGAUCCACACCAGCAGGAUGACGUUGGCUGACGAUGUGACCCUGGAUGACCUCAUCCUGGCUAAAGACGAUCUGUCUGGAGCUGAUAUCAAAGCAAUCUGUACAGAAGCUGGUCUGAUGGCUCUGAGGGAGCGCAGGAUGAAGGUCACUAAUGAAGACUUUAAGAAGUCUAAAGAGAAUGUGCUGUAUAAGAAACAGGAGGGCACUCCGGAGGGGCUGUAUCUCUGAGCCUGGGGGCGUGUGACAGUGAGGAGACGUUCAUUCAGACUUUUCUUAGGGCUGGCCUGAAUCCUUUGAAUACUCAGAGAUAUUUGUUUGUUACGUUGGUAUUUGAUUCUGUAGUUGGUAUUUGGAAGCUUCAGUUUUUUUCAGAUAUGAUUGUAACUACAACACAGUUCUCCAGCAAAGGCCUUUAAAGAGCACAGUGAUUACAAUUAUUAUAUUGAAAAAUAGACAUCAUAGCUGGUGUAGUUUAGGCUUUCACAUCACCUCACCCUCAGAGCAGCCACUGAAGCUGAAAGAGCAGAGGUGCACGUGUGGGGGCACCUUCAUUUGUUGGAUGGUAAGAAAAAUGCUUAAAUUUGCAUUUCAGGUUGGUGUGGAGGCACGACAAGUUUGAUAAAUCAUUAAUAUAUAUAUUUUAUUGCACUGCCAGGGUGGUCAGUUCCACACUGUGUGUUGACCUCAGUGCUGCUUUCCAUGAUAAAAUUUGGUGAACUAGUCAAAAAAAGUGACUCAGUAAAAUAAAAGCAACAAACCAAAACCAAUGCAAAUUAAAACCCUGAUGGUGAUAAACAAUAACUUGAAUUUGGUAAAUUCUUAACAUCUGCUGUUUUUGAAGAAGAGGGCUUCAUUUGCGACCUCUGUAGCAACAUACGGUCUGCGGUACUAAUACAUGGUUAAAAUGGUAAAUAAAUAAUAACAUAAAUAUUAUCGUUUUACAGCUGAUCGUGAGAAUGAGUUUUUGAGUACUCAUUUUUGGAAAUGCCAAUGAGUAUUUAAAGCCUGUAAAAUGGUGUUUCGGCCAACACAAGUUUUCCUUUACGUAUAUAUAUAUAUAUAUAUAUAUACACACACAGACACACAGUUGAUUUUCUAAGUGAAAAUUAGUUAAAACAUUCUUAAAUAUAGUAUUUUUCUGAAAAUUAUGGUAAACAAUUUUUUAUUUGCAGUGUUUAACAUAUUGGAAAAUAUAAAAUGUGCUACAACUUUUGCACAGGCCACAUUUUAUGUUUAAUUUGUUUUCUAAUAUGUCAAGUAAAUAAACAGUACGUUUACUGUGUUCUCAGUAGAGGAAGAUUUAAUUUAUUUUCACUUGGAAAGUUAAUAAAACAGAAUUUGACCAGGCGCCCACAAUUUGUACGUAUUUAGUGCAUGUGACGUUUUCCCUCAUUCACUCUGUUGUGUUUUCAGAAAAUACAUUAAAUAUUUGUUUUUUUGAAAAAA